UUACGGGCAGUAGGUCUCCAGUCUCUGCUACUCUGCUCUCUCUGUGGACUGUGAUUCUCUCCCUCUCUCUCUAUCUCCUUCCCACGCAUCGAUAUUUUUCUAUAUCUUGGAGUUUGUGUCUAUACGAUCACGAUCCAACGGUCCAAAAUGAACGGAAUCCUUUGCGCUUGUUUCAUAGGCUUUUAGAGUCUGCAGUUCUCAGAUCUCGUCAUUCUGUGCUCAGAUCUCGAUUCCUGGCUCCGCACCUUUUGUCUCAAAAGAUGGAGGCGGGUUACGGUCAAGUGGCAGUUACGGUUAGUUACGGCGCGCUAUUAUGCGCAGGGGAGGCGUUAGCGACUCUGCUUCUCUCGGCUCUAGUCACAAACCGAUUUCUGGCUCAGGAUCUUGUUGGUCCAUUGGGGACUCAGAAACCUAAGACGAAGGGGGACCCUGCUGAAAGUCAAGGCAAGCAGCAAGAUGCUGAAGGAGACGAUGACAAUGACGAUGAUGAUGGAGAUGGUGGAUUUGGAGAAGGUGAAGACUUGUCGUCUGAAGAUGAUGGAGGAAACUUUGGGAACAGCCCUAAUGGCAACAAGAGUAACUUGAAGAAGGGUCCAGGUGGUGACGCAGGAGGCGCGGAGGAGAACGGGGAAGGUGAAGACGAUGAUGACGACAAAGACGACGAAGAUGAUGAUGACGACGAAGAUGAUGAUGACGAGGAUGAUGAGGAAGACGAUGGGGGUGAUGAGGAUGAGGAUGAAGUUGAGGAGGUGGAAGAGGAAGAGGAAGAUGACGAAGACGAGGAAGCCCUCCAGCCUCCAAAGAAAAGGAAGAAGUAGACCAAUAGCGGAGCCUCUAAUACAAUACUGUUUUCUUAAGUAACUUGUUUUCUAACUCUAUGGGCUCUACGUAGCUCUUUUGAGACAAUCUAGGAUAAUGUUUAAUGUAUUGAGUACCUUAUUUCCCUUGGAAGAUUAGAGAACUGAACAAUUGUUGAGCUACCAAACAAUUGGAUUUACAAAAAUCCUUAUGACUCGAAUCAAGAAUACGUGAUCACAUUCACUUA